UCCAUCUGAAGGCACAGUUAAAGAAACAAACAUUCCAUAAUUCUGAUUAAUUGCAAGGCAUUUAGAAGACUUGGGCAGGCAGAAGUGUAAGUUUUACGCGCUCCGAAUCCUUACUUUUUGAAAAAUGGGCUGUCUUGAGCUUCAAACAAUUCCCUUUCCUCCGACUUUAGCAACGUUUAAGUUUUGUCAUCUGCCGAGGAAACGAAUGAGGAAGGAAGCAUUGGUUAAAUCCCGCCAUUCAUCGUCACUCAGCUGCGCUAAGGAGCUUGAAUCAGUUUGUUCAGUUAAAAAGAAUGAAGCAAAAAUGGUCUUAACCGGGAGCUUAAUGGUUUUCUGGUUAGUUUGUUUUCAGUUAUCAAUAAGGUUGCGUUUCACAGGUUUUAUACUCUCUUGGAUUGGCAUGCGACAGAUGCAAUGCCUUCGGUGCUUCCUAGUUUUAUUCAUGAAUAUCUUGUUAUUUUCUCUUGCAAUUGCAUUGCCCCUUCAGCAUCAAUCACAUCCUUUGAUGAUUAAUGUUGGGGCCCUUCUAUCGCUAAAUUCAACAAUUGGGAGGAUCAGCAAGAUUGCUUUAGAAUUUGCUGUACAAAGAAUUAACCAAGAACAAAAGAUAUUACGUGGUACAAAUAUAUUGUUGAAGAUUAUGGACUACAAUUGUAACACUUUACAAGGUGUUACUGCAGCAAUGAAGUUACUUGAAGAAGAAGUGGUUGCCAUAGUAGGGCCUCAAACAUCAGCUGUAGUCCAAUCAAUUGGUAAGGUGGCAGAAGCAGUUCGUGUUCCCUUGGUUUCAUUCUCAGCAACAGAUCCAUCACUAUCACGAAUACAGUAUCCUUAUUUCACAAGGGUGGUAUUUAACGACGACGUGCAGAUGACAGCAGUUGCUAGCAUUAUUGGCAAUCAUGGAUGGAAAGAGGUAGUGGUUUUAUUCACAGAUGACAAUCUUGGGUGGAAUGCUAUUGAUUCCUUAAGUGGUGCACUAGAGCCCUAUAAAUGUAAAAUUUUGUACAAAGUAGCACUUCAUCCCAAUCUAGAUGUGUUAGAACUGUACCAUAAUCUAAUUCAACUACAGCACAUAAAAUCUAAAGUAUUUGUAGUCCAUAUGCAACCUAGUUUUGGGCAAAGUGUACUUUCUGCUGCCCAUAACUUGAGCUUGCUUGAUGGAGGUCACGUGUGGAUAACCACAGAUGCAAUUACAAGGACUUUGGAUGCAGUAUCCUCUGAUGUUGAUCUCUGGAAGGAGUUUCAUAGCAUUGUUGGUGUGAGAAGCUAUAUGCCAAUGUCUUCAAAGCUUAAAUCUGUUCAAUCUGAAUUGAGGAGCAAGCUGGGAGACAAACAUGUAACAGAUCGAUCACUACAAGCAUAUGGAUUUUAUGCAUAUGAUGCAAUAUGGACAGUUGCAAAAGCUCUGCAUGAUUUCUUGGGAAAGCAUAGAAAUUUGUCUUUUACGCAUGCUUCUUUGCAUGCAGCUGCAAGCGGAAGAGUUGGUAUAUCAAAGUUUAAGGUAUUUGAAAAUGGACAGUUUCUUUUAAAUGAGAUUUUGAAUGUUAAAUUUUCAGGUGCAACAGGACUUGUGAAACUGGAUACAAGAGGGGAACGAGUGGGCACUUGCUUUCAAGUUGUGAAAUUUACUCACAAGAAACUGCUUAUUGUUGGGAAGUGGAAAGAAAAAACUGGAUACUAUCCAAUUCUUUCAGAUGUAAAUGGCAAGGGUAUUGGUCACAUAGUAUCUGGGGCAGCUACAAGGUAUCAAAGUGUGAGUCAUGAUAUUUGGUCUAGAGGUCAUUCCAAAAAUCCUCAUGACUGGUAUUCUCAAAAAUAUUUAAGGCCUCUGCGGGUUGCAUUUCCUAAAGAUGCCAUGCAGAGAGGGUUAGUCUCUGCUACAGUAGACAGGAGCAAUGCAACAAAUUUUCAUGGUUUCAUUAUAGAUGUAUUUGAAGCUGCUAUUGCAUAUCUUCCUUAUAAUGUCAGUUAUACUUUUAUACCUCUUGGGAAUGGAAACUCAACCCUCAAUAUUGACUAUCUUCUCGAGAAGAUUGCUGACCAGGAAUAUGAUGCGGCAAUAGGAGAUAUACCUAUCACACCAGCUCGCUUGCAAAGAGUUGAUUUUACACAACCUUAUGUAACAGCUGGGCUGGUUGUUGUAGUUCGUCAGAAGGGUUAUUCCUCAGAGAAAGCAUGGUCUUUCUUGAAACCAUUUACACCAGCUCUGUGGUUUACAAUGCUGGCUUUUGUCGUUUUCACAGGAUUAGUUGUUUGGGUGCUUGAGCAUAGAAAAAACAAGCAAUUUAAAGGCAGGCUAAAGCAACAAGUUGGCACGUCUAUUUGGUUCAGUUUUUCAACUCUCUUCUUUGCUCAAAGUGAGAAAGUGAUAAGCGUUCGUGGGAGGAUUGUUGUGAUCGUUUGGCUCUUUGUACUACUGAUAGUUACUUCAAGCUACACUGCAAAUCUUACAUUACUUCUUACUGUUGAUCAAAUAAAGCCAGAUUUUCAAGGAAUUUCUGAAGUGCUAGCAAGUGAUGUUCCUAUCGGCUUCCAAGCUGGUUCCCAUACGGGGGAAUAUCUCAACAAGCUGGGUGUGACUAAAGACAGACUUGUACCUUUGCAAAAUAUUUCUAGCUAUACAAAAAUGCUAUCCAAAGGACCAAAAGCAGGUGGUGUUGGGGCAAUUGUAGAUGACCUUCCACAUGCACAGUUGUUUUUGUCCUCAGAAUGUGAAUUCAGGAUUUAUUACGAGAAGUUUACAUCAAGUGGCUGGGGAUUUGCAUUUCAAAAGGGAUCAAAGUUAACUGUGGAUGUUUCUUCUGCAAUCUUGGGGUUGGAAGAAAAUGGAGAACUACAACGAAUUCAUGAAAAGUGGUUUGGUUCUUCCCCUUGUGAUUCUACAUAUUCCACAGAAUCAAAUCAGCUUGGAUUGGACUCCUUUUGGGGUCUCUUUCUAGUUACUGGAUUGGUAUCUGUCACUUCUGUAAUCUAUUAUUUUAAAUCUCAUUUAUUUUCCUUAAUGAAAAAAACUGUUAGAUGUGAUCGUUAAAUGACCAGCCUCAGUAUAUGACAUUAUUCUGAGAAAUUUAUAAUCGUAAUUAAUUCUUUAAGGUGACCAGCAAUGAAUGUUAUACCAUAUCUAAGAUGCAUACAAUUAAAUUUUUAGAAUAGAUUGACCCAAGCGGCAACUAUUGUGCAUACUUAGAAAUGCUUUCAAUGAAGACUUCAGUUGAAAUUUACUAUGGCUUUUUCCCUACCCAAUUUUGAAGGUAGUAAAGCUGCUAUGCUACGUUAUUAGGCUUUUAGUAUUAUAUUUCAGCCCUAGUU